AUGUCGAGCGGCCUACCCGAACCCUGGACCGUCCGCUUCAGCAAAUCCAAGCGCAGGGAGUACUUCUUCCACCCCGAGACCAAGCAGUCGCAGUGGGAGGAGCCCGAGGGCACCGACCACCAGCAGCUCAAGCAGUACCUCGCAGAUCACCCGCUGCGUGUGCGCUGUCUGCACCUGCUCAUCAAGCACAAGGACUCGCGGCGGCCUGCGUCGCACCGCUCCGAGCACAUCACGCUGUCCAAAGAUGAGGCGCUGCAAGAGCUGGCCGCGUACCAGCAGCGGCUCGAGCAGGGCGAGCGCUUCGAGGACCUGGCGCGUGAGCGCAGCGACUGCUCGUCGUUCAAGCGCGGCGGCGACCUGGGCUUCUUCGCGCGCGGCGAGAUGCAGCCCGCGUUCGAGUCCGUCGCCUUCGCGCUGCCCGUGAGCGCGGUCUCCGCGCCUGUCGACACCGACAGCGGCGUCCACCUCAUCAAGCGCGUUGCCUAA